AUGUCUGUCUAUUGUAACAAUUGCUUUUGUUGCGGUCGCCAUUUGGUGCCCAGAUAUAAACGAUUGGUCAAUAAUAUCUUCUCGCAAAAUCCACAACAUAGUCCCGAUAGGAACAAUUUAGAGCGAUUACGGUUUUAUGCUGUACACAAACCGGAGAAAUUGGAUAAGUCAUUUCGAUACAUGUCGGAAAAGAUUACACGUUAUUUACGACACCGAAAUCGACCAUAUGUAAUUCUUGGGAUAACUGCGAUGACUGACACGAUGAAAUCUUGUUACCAACAGUUGAAUACGUUUAUUGAUUGGUAUUUGGUGACACUUCAUUCAGUAUUAGAAGAGAGAAAUGAUUUAGAAUUAACUGAACACGUCAUUGUUUCGUUCGAAGCAUUCUGCGAGAUUCGCAUCGAAGCGCCGAAUUAUCAACGAGACUAUGAAUUUUUCGUUGAUCGUUUCACGCAACUCUGUCAUGAUAACUCUCCACAGGAUAAAAUCAAAUUUCGAUAUCUCGGUCUCCGUGGCCAUCAGGCAUUGAUACGAAAGACGGCUAGUGAUGAUCUGCACAAUAAUAUUUGGGAGCACAUGAAUCAAAUUGUUCCUUCAAUUCUAUUCAAUAUGGGACAACGCGAUCUUCAUCAAUCACAAGACUCAGCCAAUCAUACGACAACAGUUUCAGUUGAUCACGCUAUUAUCGCCACUGAUAAAAUCACUAAAGAUGAUCUUUCUUCCCUGGCUGAUACAAUACUACGAGAUUUAUUUAGCCGAACGCAUAUGAAUAACAUAUCUGCAUGUUUUCAUCCCAUCCUCACUUAUCUAGAUGACCACAAUCAAUGGACGCCAGUUGAUUUUCCACUCUAUAUUUUUUCUGCGAUAAUGGUCUCCAUUAAGAACCAUAAUAGCUAUAUAAUUGUUGAUUUAUUGCUAAAUCAUUUGGAAAAGAAGGAAGCUGAACAUGUUAGAACUCCGAUUAUGAAUGUAAUUCAUCAAUGUUUAGUUUUCGCCGCAACGAACAAUGAAGCUCGUUCAACAAUAUUUACUGGAGUAUCACGUUUACUAAGAUGUCUAGAGAAAUCAUUUUACGCUGCAAGCAAAUUGUCCGAAGCAUCAGUAGAUCUUCAACACGAAGAAAAAUUCCAAAACGCAAUCAUCGACGGCAUUCGAGACUUUACAGAAAAAUUACCUGACUUUCAAAUGGUUGAAAUCAUGCAUAACAUUUUGAUUUCAUUAGUGUCGUUGAAUUAUAAAUAUAAAGAGCAAACCAAACGCGUCCGAGAUGCGAAUAUUCGAUUUCAAUUGUUACUUCUCCAAACAAUACAAAAAAUUGUCGUAACUUAUCGAUCGAUACAACAUGAUGAAACAACAUUUCCUCAUCAAUUAUUCGAUCCGUUACUGAAACUAAUGCACACUCCAAUGGCAGAAGUUCGCUGGAUUGUCCUGCAAAUCUUCGUUUUGUUUAUCGAUAAACGACACUAUGCUCAUAAAUUUCGUAAAAUCAGAAUAUCAAAAGAUAUUGCUCAAUUAAAUUUACCACCGAUGACAAAACCGACUCAACUCAUUGAUAUUUCAUUCAUGAAAAAAUACGGUUCGCAAUUUCUCUCUCAACUUUACGACUGUCUACUAAUGGACAAUAACACCAAAGAAAUUUUCUAUACAAUCUACUGUCUGAUGAGUUUAAUUAUCUUUGAAGAUGAUGACAAAGACAUUCUGGUUGAUAUGAUCCAUUUCUGUAUAGAAAUUCAAAAGCAAAUUCUGUUAACUUCCGAAGAAGAAUCCAAACAACUCUUGACAACAACUUGUUAUUGUAUUCACGCGUUAAUUGCUGCUUUCCUUAACACCCUAUCCAAAUUAUACAAAGUUACCACCUUCUCACACUAUGUUGAUGACUUCAAUCUCUUCGAAUUAACAUUCACCAUCGUUCAACUUAUCCGACUCUAUUUUAGGUGA